AUGGCCCCCGCUUCCGGCCCCCCCUCUGUAGUAACAAACAACCUCUCCUACCUCUUCCAAGACCACUCCACCGGCCUCUCAGGCAUAACCCUCUCCCUCCCCCCCAGAUCCCGCACCCUCUUGAUCGGCGCCAACGGCGCAGGCAAGACCACCCUCCUCCGCCUCCUGGCGGGAAAACGCCUAGCGCCAGCAGGCACAAUCACCAUCGGCGGCAACGACCCCUUCAAAGUCGGCCUCGAGGGCGUGACCUACCUCGGCCUGGAAUGGGUCCUCAACGCCAUCGUCCGCACCGACAUCGGCGUCGACGAGCUCCUCCGCUCCGUCGGCGGGGACCAAUACCCCGACCGUCGUGACGAGCUCGUCGCCGUUCUCGACAUCGAUACCAGGUGGAGGAUGCACGCCGUUUCCGACGGCGAGCGCCGCAGGGUCCAGCUCGCCAUGGGCCUAGUCCGGCCGUGGACGAUCCUGUUAUUGGAUGAAAUCACCGUCGACCUGGAUGUCUGGUCCCGGAGUCAGUUUUUGAGCUUUUUGAAAAAGGAGACGGAGGAGAGGGAGUGCACGGUUGUGUAUGCGACGCACAUAUUGGAUAAUUUGGCGGGGUGGCCGACGCAUUUGGUGCAUAUGCAUCUUGGGACGGUGGUGGAGUGGGGGACGACGGAGAAGAUGUUGGAGAGUAAACUGGGGGGGGAAAAAGAGACGGGAAACAGUCGGCUAGGGGAGUUGGUGUUAAGGUGGUUGAAGGAGGACUUGGAUAGAAGGGGGCCGAGAGACAAGUUGAGGAGGGGGCCGGAGGGGUUGAGUUAUAAUUCGGGGAAUUUGGGGAUUGGGGGGUAUGGGUUAGAGAGUAAGAGCAAGUUGGAGGAGAAGAGAUGA